AUGAAGGUCGCAUCCCUCCUUUCUCUUUCCCUGUCCCUACUGGCUGCUUCCGCCGAGGCCAUCCCCAAGACCGACUACGAUGUCAUCGUUGUGGGUGGAGGCCCUGCUGGUCUCAGUGCCCUGAGUGGUGUCUCGCGCGUGCGUCGUUCAGCCUUGCUGUUUGAUGACCACCGCUACCGUAACGGCCCCACGCGGAACAUGCACGAUGUCAUUGGCAAUGACGGUACUCCCCCUGACGAGUUCCGUGGCCUUGCCAGAGAGCAGAUCUCCAAGUACCCCUCGGCCCACUUCAAGAACGGCACGGUCAAGUCUAUCACCUCCACCGGUACCGACGAUGUCUCUGCUUUCACCGUGACCGAUGCUACCGGAAAGAACUACACUGCUCGCAAAAUUGUGCUUGGUACUGGUCUACGUGAUGUUCUACCCGAUACUCCUGGCCUUCAGGAGGGCUUCGGUAAGGGUAUCUGGUGGUGCCCGUGGUGCGACGGUUGGGAGCACCGUGAUCAACCUCUGGGUGUCCUGGGUAACCUGUCAGACGUCUUCGGAAGUGUUUUGGAGACCAACACCCUCUUCUCUGAUAUCACCGCGUUUGUGAAUGGAACUCAAAACCCCGAGGGUGAAGCCCAAGCCACCGCCUCGCACGAUGACUGGAAGGAGCAGCUCAAGGCGUGGAACGUCAAGAUUGACAACCGCACCAUCACCUCAAUUGAGCGCAUUCAGGAUGGUGCUGUCCACCAGAACAAGACUCUCGACGCCCAGUAUGAUAAGUUCCUGGUCCACUUCACCGAGGGUGAGCCCGUCGAGCGUGGUGCGUUCAUCACGAACUUCCACACUGCCCAGCGCACCGACCUGGCCUACAAGAUGGGUCUCAACGUCUCCGACGAGAAGAUCGUUGUCGACACUAGCGGCAUGCGUGCCAGUGAGUUCGGCGUGUACGCCAUCGGAGAUGCCAACAGCGACGGUAGCACCAACGUGCCACACGCUAUGUUCUCUGGCAAGAAAGCCGCUGUCUACCUGCACGUGCAGCUGUCGCGUGAGGACUCGGCUUCUAAGAUCUCCAAGCGCGGCGACCUUAGCCACCGCGAGCUGGAGAAGGAGGCCCGCCGUGCCAUUGGCGAUAACCUUGAACCUCAGUGGGUCAAGGUUACUCGCCGCAAUUGA